AGAAGCCUAAUUUUCAACACUCGCAUUCAUCAUAUACACACUACAAUUCCUCUCACACACACUUUGGUUGCCUCUGCAAGUGCAAGCGAGAGCAAAUUAAACAUUAAAAAAAAUUUAUAUACAUAUUCCUUUGCUCAGCAUUAGAAAGAAAAACAUCUCUUCUUGGGUCUAUCAAAUUUCCCUAUGGUUUGUGCAUCCCUUUGGAAUUGCUUGGUUUCCACUUCUUUUUGUUCCUUCUGCUUUUGCAGCAGAUAUACUCUCUCCUCUUCUAUGUGAAAACCCAACAUCCAAUUUAUGCAAUAUUUUAGUUUUCUAUCUCUUUGGUUCCAUAUUCAUGGUCAUGAACAUUCUCGUGUUCACAUGCAUACACACAUGUAACACACAAAAACAUGGAAUUUGCAUGACCAAGUCCUCAUCCAGUUCUAUAGUCAUUGCACUAUUAUUAUCACCAUAAUUAGAACUUUCUUCUCUAACUCUCAAAGCCAAUUCCUCCUUCUCAAUCACCUUGAUAUUUGAGUUUCUGUUUACUUCCAUUAAGAUCCCAAAACAAAAGAUCUUCUCUUCUACAUUCUUUGCGAGAGAGGGAGAAUGGUAAUUACUUAACUGAGGUCUUGUGAACUCUUAGAAGUUGAAAGGAAGCCAAAACAAAACAAAAAUGUCCAAAAAGGUUUUGACGUCAAUGAAGGAUGAAAACCCAGAUUUGCAGAAGCAAAUUGGCUGCAUCAGUGGAUUUUUUCAGCUGUUUGACCGCCAAAGGUUCCUCACAGGCCAACGUGGUAGCAGCCAUAGUCAGAACACACCAACUCAAGGUAGAACAAGUAAUCAUACCAAAGAGCUGAAUAAUACAACACAAAAGGCAACGGCAAAGAAUGUGAAGGUUGCAAGAGAGAAUCAACAAUUCUCCACAGAAUCAUCAGGAACUUCAGUAUCUUCAUCAUCUCGUUCAUCUAGCAUGUCAUCCCUCGAGUUUAACAGAACAGUUCAGAUAGAACCAUCAUCAAUGAGUCAAAUCAAAGUUCAAGAAAACUCCGACUCAGGAACAACAAUGAAGCAACUUAGCAACCAAGGCCAUCAACCCCUUGAUUUCUAUGAUAUUGUGAAAGACUCAAUGCAUAGAGAUGUUCAUAGAUUGUCAGUGAAAACUAUAGCUAAAGAGGAAAAGAAGGGCCGCAUCUUGAAAUACAUUGAUUCUCCUAGGCCUUUGGAAGCAGCAAAAUCUAUCAACACAGGAGUGAAGGUUGCAUGGGAAUCACCAAGACUCUCCUAUGAUGGGAGGGAUAUGCAUGACACAUCCAAAUCUGGUACAAAGCACAAGGAGUUCCCAAGGCUUUCCUUGGAUAGCAAACAAGGAUCCAUCAAAAGUUUCAAUGAAGGAACAAAACCCCACAAUCUUUUGAAAGGUCCACAUAAAGGGUAUGUGAACUCCAACACAAUGCCUAAGCAGCUGCAAGAAUCAGAAACUUCCAAAAGACCAUCCAGUGUUGUAGCUAAGUUAAUGGGACUAGAAGCCUUCCCUGACUGCACACAAACUUGUGAUACUCCACCAGGGAUCUCUAGCUGCACAACCAACAAAAUUGAGACCUUUGCAGGAUCUAGCAUGAUUGAUGAGCACAAGCAGCACCAAAGUUUAGCAUCACCAAGGACCAGCAAGGGGUCGAUCUUGCUUCAGUCUAGGAGGGAUGCUUCAAUACUGAAUGUGAUGCCGUGUUCCCAGUUUUCCUUAGAAUCUAGUCCAUGGAGGCAACCAGAAGCACGCCAAGGGUCUCAAUUACAGGCUUCCAAGAGAAGUGAAUCUUCAAUAACAGCAUCAAACACACCCCUCUCUGUAUAUGGAGAAAUUGAAAAACGGGUAGCUAAUCUAGAGUUCAAAAAUUCUGGAAAGGAUCUUAGAGCCCUUAAACAGAUUCUUGAUGCUAUGCAGAGAUAUAAAGAAUCAUUGGAUAUUACAAGAGAUCGGGCAUCAAAUUCUCCAUCUGACAAUAGGAGUAAUAGUAGUCUCAGUGAAAGCUCAAUAGUACAAAGCCCAAGAAUACAACAGAAGGACACAACAUUUACUCCUAUUGAGAUGUCAAAUCCAACUCAUGGCAAUAAAUCUCCAAUUUUCAUCAUGAAACCAGCUAAAGAUGCAAGAAAAACCAAUAAUCCUGCUUCCACAGAAAUGCCAUUUCAUGAUAAAUCAGACACCAGCAAGUCUAGUCCUGGUAAAUGCACAAAUGGAAUAUUGGUUGACAAUUUUGACAGGCAAACAACUAAAGGUAUCAAUUCAGCAAUCAGACAUGUCAAGGAUCCUACUAGUCAACACUUUAAUUCAGUGGAUAAGAGUACUAAGAUGAAAACUUCAAAAAUGGUGCAAUCAUCAAAAGUUCCUCAAGUGAUCAAUGGAGAAAAUGCCACCAUCUCCAGCAAUACAGCAGAGACCAGGAGUCCAAGAUUACAAAAGAAGUUUGGUUUGGAGAGGCGUUCUUCGCCAACAAACUCAUCAUCUGAUUCCAGUAGUAACAGAAGACAACACAAUAAGCAACCAGGGGAAAUGUCUUCCCCGAGCACAAAAACCAAACAAAAAUUCUCUACUUUGCAAGAAAGAAAUGAACAUUUCAGUGAGAUCAACUAUCAAAGGAGGGAUUUUAAGCAUGAAGUUGAUGUUGUUUCAUCAGAUUUUGACAGUAAGAGAAGCAUGGACUCUUACAGUGAUGUAGAAGUCAUUCACAUUGAUCAUUCCCAAAAGAUCAAUAGCUAUUCCAUCCAACUAAAAGGGCUGAACCAAAAUAAUGCAGCAAAAGAGUUGAGCAAGGAAAGCUUUAUGGCCGAGAAAAUAAGUACAGCAGAACAACCAAGCCCUGUGUCUGUUCUUGAUGCUGCAUUUUACAGAGAAGAACCACCUUCUCCAGUUAAAAAGAAAUCAUACAUCUCAAAAGAUUUAGAUGAAGCUCUGAAUACUUAUGAUAGUAGCGAGGAGAACUCCGAUGAUCUUCCUCUUUCAGCCAACACUGCAAAAGCCAACUUCAGCAAUGGAAACAGUGAUACUAACUUGAAAACUGAAAAUUUGGUUCAAAUUCUUGGACAAAUUGAUUACAAUGACAAGAGAUUCACCAAUUUCAAUGAGGAUAAGGAUCCUGACCAUAAAUAUAUAUCAGAAAUAUUAUUAGUAUCAGGGCUACUCAACAGUCCAAGGUCUAGCCAGGCUUUUCAUUCAUCAGGUUACCCAAUAAACCCAAAGUUGUUCCUUGCACUAGAGCAAAUCAAGACCAACAAGAUGUGUUUCAAUAUUGAUCACAGUGCCAUGAACAUUGCUUGGAUGGACAAUCCAGAACAAAAGCAAAGAAAGCUUAUAUUUGAUGUUGUUAAUGACAUUCUAGCUCAAAAAAUAAUAUCGGAAAGUUCUACUUCUACUCUGUGGUUCCAGCCAAAUCAACUAGCAGGUAAAAAACUAAGAGGACAACAGCUUUUGGAUGAGCUUUGCACAGAAAUUGAUCAGUUACAACAAAAAAGUAGCAGUGUCAGCCAUGCUAAUGAGGAUGAGAAUUCGACGAAUCUCGUGUGGGAAGAGUUGAUGCACUGUCCCACAAUUUAUACAAACAGCUACAAUGCAAUACCAAAUAUUGUGUUGGAUAUUGAACGGUUGAUCUUUAAGGAUUUGAUAACUGAAGUUGUGAGAGGAGAACUAGCUAACCAUUCUGGUAAGCGUUGCAGGCAACUGCUGUUUCCCAAUUAGAAAUUAUGGCUAAGAAGUCAUUUUCAGCCUUAAUCUGUCAACUUUCUACCUAUACUUAUAUACUUAGAAGGGGGUGCGGGGGAAUAAGCUAAUUAAUAGACAUUUUUAAUUUUAUUUCCUAUAUAAACUCAUGAGCAUUUAUGUCUACAAUCAUCUUUCUUGCAUGUAUUUAUAGCGUAUGUCAAUGAAAUACAUGUAGAAAUGAAGAUAAAUGUAUAUAUCAGUGACAUGAUCUUUUUAAGCUCAAUUACAGAUGUCUUAAAUUUAUCAGAGUAAGAUCCCUUUUCU